CUGUUCUUCAGAGCUGAUGGAGGCUGACACUUCCAUGGAUGACCUGGAUAGGACGAUCCUGAUCGACCUCAUGUGGAGGGAUGCACUUGGUAUUCCUUCGAGGAGGAGGAGCCCUUCUGAGGAGGACCAGCUUUUUGAGGAACUGAUGGAAGAGGGACGACUGGAUGAGGAGAGGCUUCGUUUGGUACAUGAGAGCGUGCGGGCGGCCGAGGAGGAGCUGCGGCUACUGAGAGAGGAGACGGAGGAUGUGGAGCUGGCUGCAGUGCCUACUUUCCCUGGUGUGGAGCCUGUGGAGCCAGCCGUCCCUGGUGUGGAGCCUGUGGAGCCAGAUGAGGAGCCCACCGUCCCUGGAGUGGUGCCUGUGGAGCCAGAUGAGGAGCCCGCCAUCCCUGGUGUGGAGCCUACUGUCCCUGGUGUGGAGCCUGUGGAGCCAGAUGAGGAGCCCGCCGUCCCUGGAGUGGUGCCUGUGGAGCCAGAUGAGGAGCCAGCCAUCCCUGGUGUGGAGCCUACUGUCCCUGGUGUGGAGGCUGCCGUCCCUGGUGUGGAGCCUGUGGAUGAGGAGCCGCCGUCCCUGUUGUGGUGCCUGUGGAGUCAGAUGAGGAGCCUGCCAUCCCUGUUGUGGAGCCUGUGGAGUCAGAUGAGGAGCCUGUGGUCUCUGUUGUGGAGCCUGUGGAGCCAGAUGAGGAGCCCGCCAUCCCUGGUGUGGAGCUUACUGUCCCUGGUGUGGAGCCUGUGGAGCCAGAUGAGGAGCCCGCUGUCCAUGUUGUGGUGCCUGGGGAGUCAGAUGAGGAGCCUGCCAUCCCUGAUGUGGAGCCUGUGGAGUCAGAUGAGGAGCCCUUCAUCCCUGUGGAGCCAGAAGACGACCCUGCCGUCCCUGGUGUGGAGCCAGAUGAGGAGCCUGUCAUUCCUGAUGUGGAGCCUGUGGAGUCAGAUGUGGAGCCUGUGGAGUCAGAUGUGGAGCCCGUCAUCCCUGAUGUGGAGCCUGUGGAGCCAGAUGAGGAGCCUGCCAUCCCUGGUGUGGAGCCAGAUGAGGAGCCCGCCGUCCCUGGAGUGGUGCCUGUUGAGCCAGAUGAGGAGCCCGCCAUCCCUGGAGUGGUGCCUGUGGAGCCAGAUGAGGAGCCCUGGUGUGGAGCCUACUGUCCCUGGUGUGGAGCCUGUGGAGCCAGAUGAGGAGCCUGCCGUCCAUGUUGUGGUGCCUGUGGAGUCAGAUGAGGAGCCUGCCAUCCCUGAUGUGGUGCCUGUGGAGUCAGAUGAGGAGCCCAUCAUCCCUGAUGUGGUGCCUGUGGAGCCAGAUGAGGAGCCUGCCAUCCCUGGUAUGGAGCCAGAUGAGGAGCCAGUCAUUCCUGAUGUGGAGCCUGUGGAGUCAGAUGAGGUGCCCGUGAUCCCUGAUGUGGUGCCUGUGGAGCCAGAUGAGGAGCCUGCCAUCCCUGAUGUGGAGCCUGUGGAGUCAGAUGUGGAGCCUGUCAUCCCUGAUGUGGAGCCUGUGGAGUCAGAUGAGGAGCCCGUCAUCCCUGAUGUGGAGCCUGUGGAGCCAGAUGAGGAGCCUGCCAUCCCUGGUGUGGUGCCUGUGGAGUCAGAUGAUGAGCCAGCCGUCCCUGGUGUGGUGCCUGUGGAGUCAGAUGAGGAGCCCGUCAUCCCUGAUGUGGUGCCUGUGGAGCCAGAUGAGGAGCCUGCCAUCCCUGAUGUGGAGCCUGUGGAGCCAGAUGAGGAGCCUGCCAUCCCUAAUGUGGAGCCUGUGGAGCCAGAUGAGGAGCCUGCCAUCCCUGGUAUGGAGCCAGAUGAGGAGCCUGUCAUUCCUGAUGUGGAGCCUGUGGAGUCAGAUGUGGAGCCCAUCAUCCCUGGUGUGGUGCCUGUGGAGUCAGAUGAGGAGCCAAUCAUCCCUGAUGUGGAGCCUACCGUCCCUGGUGUGGAGCCUACCGUCCCUGAUGUGGAGCCUGUGAAGCCAGAUGAGGAGCCAGCCUUCCCUGGUGUGGUGCCUGUGGAGCCCGCCUUCCCUUGUGUGGUGCCUGUGGAGCCAGAUGAGGAGCCCACCAUCCCUGAUGUGGAGCUUGUGGAGUCAGAUGAGGAGCCAGCCGUCCCUGGUGUGGAGCCUUCUGUGGAGCCAGAUGAGGAGCCCGCCGUCCCUGAUGUGGAGCCUGUGGAGCCAGAUGAGGAGCCCAUGCCAUCCCUAAUGUGGUGCCUGUGGAGCCAGAUGAGGAGCCAGCCAUCCCUGGUGUGGAGCCUGUGGAGCCUGUCCCUCAGAUGUGGGAGCCAGAUGUGGAGCCCAUCAUCCCUGGUGUGGAGCCUGUGGAGUCCAGAUGAGGAGCUUGCCGUCCCUGGUGUGGUGCCUGUGUGA